CUAUUUCCAAAGCAGUAUGUCUUUCCAGCAGUGGAAUAUUUCUAAUAUUACCUUCAUUGAUAUGGGAUACACAAAUUAAUGAAUUCCACAUUCUUUUUGUAUCAUUAUAUACUACACUUUCACAGUUAUUAGCUCAUAAAGCAAUCACAAAUUCAGAAAAAAUUUGGAGCUUAGUAGUUGUUUUUUUAUCCAAUUUAGUUAAAAUGUAUAUAAUGUCCACUGCACUUACUAAAAUAGCUGUCGAGUGAUAAAACUGUCAAAAAGACAAUUAUAGUAUUCAAACACAAAUAUUGUUUUUACUUACAUCUAUAUAUGGGAGACAGAAGAGGUUCUCUUAAGCCAGGGUUUUGGUCAUGGGAUGAUUACAACAAUACAUUAGUGUUUACUAAUUAUGAUUCUAUAGGACAACAGAGACCUCAGUCUACUCUAUUUGGAAAUUCAGAAAUAGCAGCUGUUCCAAUAGUACCUGAUACAACAUUUAAAGAUACAUUCGGAUCAGCAUCUCAAACUAGAUUUCGAAAAAACUAUGAAAGAAAAGUGAAAAUUAACGACACAAACGUGGUAAUAUUGCAAGAUUGCAAAGACGUAGCUCUGUUCUCCUGUGAUGUAAAAUGUUUAACACCUGAAUUUAUAAAGUUCUUUCAUACGAAGAUUGUUGAUAAAUUUCUGAGAUCCUGCAUCAUAUAUUUUCAAUACUACAUUCAGGUAUGGAAUUUAAUGCUUUUGAGGAGAAUAGAGGCUAGUAGAAAAUUACGUCAACCAAUCGUUACGGAACUCGAAAAUAUUGUUAGGGAUGAUUUAGCGGAUCUUCGUAGUAUGGUAGCUCGAGAUUACGCCGCCAUACUGACUGGAGUCGGCGAUUCUAAAAAAUUUCAUCAUAUGUGUAAUGAAAACAAUGUUUCUCUAUCUGAUAAAGAUAGAAAACGAUUUGAAAUGUUUGUUAAAAUGACAGUACGGGUGAUAUGGAUCGCUUUAAAGAAAAAAAAUUUGACUAUUAUAGAAAAAGAAAUGAAUAGGUUGUUGAGAACAACCAUAUUCAGUCCCAUGGAACACGACAAGCUUAAAAUGUAUCAAUUUUUGGCAACGCCGGAAGAAACUAGAAUUUUAAGAGGAAAAGCUUACAGAAAAGAAAAAAAACUUUUGCACAGAUCUCAGUUGAUACAAGAAAUUAUUUUCGAUGUUCACGAUUACAGGAUGCUGUGUAUUGGUGUUACAGAUGUUGAGGAUCGUAGCGAAAGACUUGAUUACUUAAGAAUGGCUUACACUGCUCCGGAAGAUCUAUUGGAAGAACUAGAAGUUGGAGUUGGUAUUUUAGGCGUUCCUAGAAAGUUCUUAGAUCCAAUGCUGAAUGAAGAAUUGAUGACCACUAAAAAACGAAGUUCCGUUAUGAAACCAGUACCAGAUUUCAUGAUGCCCCCUCAGACUCCAUAUGAUUACACAAUGUUAUCUGAAACCCUACCAAAAAUACCUUGUAAAUACAGUGAAUCACCAGUGGCUACCAAAGCAAGACAAACUCAGUUGAAAUUAUGGCUGAAUUAUAUAGAAGAUUUUGAACUGCCGACAGAAAAUACUGGUGUUCCUACACAAAUUAGCAUAUCCCAGUCCCCAGAAGAAAAGUAGAAGGCAUUUUCUAUAAUAAUAAUACAAAAAAUAUACAAAAUACAUGUUUUAAGUUUGA